AUGAAUACUACCAAUGCAGAUGCUCCUCUCCUUCGACCCAUCUCCUCUCUCCGACUAUACCGACGCUGCUUCAAAGGGCGCAAGCAACUCUUCUCCGAAUCCGAUACAGCCCCUGCGAACUACUUCGUCGCAAACCCCGUCCCUCACAAGCACGGCGACUCAUGGAAGCCAAUCUUCUACCGCGGCGACAACCCCAAGUAUACGCCGGAGGCAACUGCCAUCGGCCGGGCGCGCCGCUCGGCCAUGUGGGGCUCGUUCCGGGUAUGGCUUGGCGACGGCGUGCAGGAAGUUCUAGAUAAUGAGGAUCGCCGAAGACAGAAGCGGAAAGCGGAGAGGAAGAAUAAGUGGCGGAAGAGGUUUGGAAAGGAGCCGAAGCCUGUUGAGGUAGAAGAGGAGAAAGCCGUGCAGGGGAAGGUGAUCAUGUUUCGAAUGCAGAGGUUGGGACUCUUCAGUCGAAGGGUUGAGUGGGAAAUUGAGGGGGUGCGGUACCGGUGGUCUGGAACCAGGAUGUUCUCGACGGGGUUCAUGAGGGGUGUCAAGGGGUGGUCGCAUAGUAUGAAGCUGAUCCGCGUAUCUGACCACGCAAUCAUCGCGACAUUCGAAAAGGGCUUACUGGGAUCUCCGAGGUCAAUCAAGACCGGAGGUCCUCCGAACAAGUCCAAGACACUUCUCGGCAACCUUAAGCUCUAUGAUCGGGCCGGUACAACCGGCAAGCAUCCUAUGCAGACGGAGUAUGAUCAACUCACGAGCUUCGUGGCCCAGGUCGAUGCGGCGAACACCAAGCCAAGCGAUAUCCAGGACGAGAAAGACUUGAACCCGGCUGGGUCGCAUUCAGGCAAUCUCGUUGACGAAGCGAUUGCCUUUACGUGUUGGAUCGUAGUAGAGGCUGAGCACCGGCUUCGACAUAAGCUUCCUGACUUUCUGGAAGAGGUCGCGGAGAAUUUGGAGGGCGGUUGA